AUGGAGAGACACGCAACGGCCAGGGGCUUUUGCCUGUGUCACUUGAUUUGUGUGUGGUAUCAGACCGGAAGGAUCGGCCUAUAUUUGGGUUUCUAUAACGUGGGUUAUUCCGAGCAGCUGAGGAAAUUUAUAUGCGACGAGCAACUUUACGUGCAAAUAAUGGCUUUGGUUAACUUGUUUACCAGCUGGCUCUAUCUCUGCUGCAGUUAUCGAUGGAUCCACGAUCAGUUUGUGUUCCUGCUUUAUGUUCCUCUGUAUGUAUACUUUUUGAUACUGAGAAGACAUCUGGCGAAGCUUCUGAAUGAAUGUGCUGGUGUCCACAAAUCAAUGCAAAGGAUUCUUGGCAGUCGACUGUGCGUGAAGAUCCACAGAGAAUGUAUCUACACCUUACUUCUCUUAACAAUGAUUAUUUUGCUGCUUCUAUGGAAAGUGAGAAUUUAUUCUAUCUAUCAGAGUAUUUUUAUUUUCGGCGUGGGAUUUAUCUACCACUUUGAGCUGUUGUUCUAUGGUAACUAUCUGAUUUGGCUGAGCUGUAUCUACAGAUCUCUGAAUGUGUUUCUCUGCCAAGACAUGAGAAGUGACAGAUUGUUUAUAUUAAAGGGAGUGCUACGGCUGCAAACGGUUAUUUGGCGCGUUCAUCAAAGCGUCUCCAGAUAUUUCGCCCUUCACAUUAUAAGUUUCAUGAUCCAGCCGGGGGUUAAAAUGCUAAUGAUUCUUCAUAGUUCUGGGCCACAACUGACUGCUCAAAUGAUUUCCUUGGCUCUACACUUACUCAUGUUGACCCUCAUUUUGAUAAUUGCCUCUAAUCUACAAGAGCAGCAUAGAAAAUUUCAGAGGAAUUACCUAAAACUAAGAGAUGAUCCCAACAACUUCGUUUUGAAGUCCUGGCGGCUCUUGCAACAUAGAACUUUACCACAAGCCUUUGGAGUAACCUUUAUGAGAAAGCGUGAAAAAGUGAAGUACAAACAGGAUGUAGUUACUUUGAUGUUCUCCAACAACUACCCAGUUUUGCAGUUAACCAAAAUGCCUUUUCAUCUAACAACUUUUGGCUUCAAAUGUGUCAAAAUGAGAAUUUCAUUAACUAUGCUGAGAAGCUGCCUGAGAACCCACAUCCGUGAACUUCUAUUGAUGCUUGUUAUUCGCCUUUAUUUCCACAAAAACCUAACUUUUCCUGACUACGAGUAUGAGUCCCAGGACGAUUUCAAUGGCAAUGUGACCCAAACAAUUAGUCAAGUCUAUCGCUUUUACUUCUACGAUGAGUUCCAGUGA